AUGACCAGCAGCCCGGAGGACGGCCCGCAGGGAGCGCCGCAGCACGCCGCCCCCGCCGCGCACGGCGAGGGCUCCGCAGCCGGCUGGGCCCCAGACUAUGCCACCGCCGGCAGCCCCGCGGCCAGCAAACCGGCGCCCCCCGCCGCCGCCCCGCCGCCAGGCAGCGUGCCAGCCGCGGUGGCGCCGGCAGCGGGCGCUGGCGGGGCCGCCGCCACACUGCCCAAGCUCCCCGUCGUGCCGCCGCCCGCCGAGCGCCUGGCUCGCGCCUCCUCCGGCAACGACCCCUCCCUGCCAGAGAACCAGCUGGCGCCAGCAGCAGCAGCAGCAGCCGCAGCGGCAGCAGCGGCCGCAGCUGCGGCGGCCGCCGGCCCCGAGGCAGCCGCAGCACCCACAAGCGACGAGCGCCCCGACGCGGCGGCGGCUGCGGCCGAGGCGGAGGCCGCCCUAGGCGCGGCCGUGGAGGGCGGCAGCAACCCGCCUGCCGCGGGCGCAGGCGCGGCGGCGGCGCCCGCCUGGGCGCACCCCACAGCCGGCGGCAGCGCGUGGGAGGCCGCCGCGCCGGCCCCCGCCCCUCCCAGCCAGGCCGCGGCGGCGCCCUACCCGCAGCCAACCGGCGGCCGCGUGCAGCUGGCCCCGGCCGGCGCCGAGGCGGCGCACAGCGGCGCGCCACCCGCGCCCUCGCCCUUUGCCCCACACCCCGCCGCCUUCCCCUACCCCGCCCUGCACCCGCACAUGCAGCACCAGCACCAGCAGCAGGCGCUGGGUGGCGCGCCCGAGCCGCACCCCGGCAGCGCAUACUCCUACUUCCAGCAGCACCAGCAGCAGCAGCAGCAGCAGGCGCGGCCGCGCGAGGUGCUGGGCGGCGGCGGCCGCGGCCAGUGGCACCGCACCAUUGUGCACGAGGCGGAGCCGGAGGCAGACUAUGUGCUGGCCGGCCUGCCGUAUGCUCAGGAGGGGGAGAGGAGGCACCACCUGCUGAAGCACGAGCUUCCUGAGGAGGCGCGGGGCAUGAACGCGCUGAGGUUUUUUGGGGUGGACAACGUGCGGCAGGCGGUGCGCCGCAUCAACAAGAUGGCGCAGCGGGAGCUGCAGCGCGCGCCCCGCGCGCCCAACGCCGGACUGGCCGCCCGCUCCGACUCGCUGCCCUUGCCCGGCGGCGGCGGCGGCGAUGGCGGCGGCGCCGCCGACGCCUCGGCGCGGCGGCGGCGCAAGAAGAGCAGUGCACCCAUGCGCGCCUCGGAUGGGCUGCAGGCCGACCCCGAGAACGCGGCAGAGGCGCUGCUGACGCUGCUGACACGGACCGAAGAGGCGGGCGGCAGCGACGACUACUACGAGAGCGACAGCGGAGGCAGCGAGGGCCGGCAGGCGGGCGCGGCCGCCCCCAAGGCCGCCGCCUCCCCAGCAGCCAAGCGCGCCAAGCUGGAAGGUCCCGGGGCCCGCCCCCGCACCCAGCGCUCGGCUGCAGUAUCCGCGGUGGCUGCCGCGGCAAAGGCGGUACUGCUGGAUACUCCCAUGGAAAUCGACACCGCCCCGGGAUACUCCGCAGGCGGCCGCGGGUACGGGCGGUGGGGCCGCGGGCGCGGCGCCGCGGCGGGGCGCGGCCGCGGCGGCCGCGGCAGCCGCGGCGGUGCCGCCUGCGCCGCCCAGCAGGCGCAGCAGGAGCAGGAGGCGGCGGGCGGCGGCUACGCGGCGGCGCAGCCCUACGCCGCCGUCGCCGCCGGCUUUGGCGAGCAGCAGGGAUGGGGGGCGUCGCCUGCUGCGGGCUACGGGCCGCCCCCGCCCAGCUGGCCGCAGGCGGCGCCGCCCGGCUGGCAGGCGCCCCCACCGCAGCCACCCGCCGGCUUUGCCGGCGACCCCGGCACCCCGCACGGCCAGCUGCUGCGCAUGCUGCUUCAGCAGCAGGCAGCCGGGUACGGCGGCGCGUCGCAGCUGCAGGCCGGCUUCCCCCCAGCGCCGCAUGGCGGCCGCCCGCCGCCGCAGCCGCCGGCGGCUGGCAGCGGCGGCGGCGGCGGCGGCGAUGCGCUGGCGCGGCUCCUGCAGGACCCCAUGCUCGCCCGCCUGCGCCAGCAGUUCCAGCAGCUGCAGCAGGGGCAGGGCCAGCAGGGGCCGCAGACGCAGCCGGAGCAGGGGCAGGAGGCAGCGGCUGCAGCCCCACCUCAGCAGCAGGCAGAGGCGGCGCGGGAGCAGGCCUCAGCGGGAUUCCAGGAGGGCCCUGGCCGGCAGGAGCAGCCCGCGGCGGCUGCGCAGGCAGAGCCGCAGCACGGGGCGGCGGCGGCUGCUGCGGGCGCCCCCCCAGCGCCUGCCUCUGCCCCGCAGGAGCAGCCUGCGGCGCCCGCUCCUGCAGCCGAGCCUGCCGGCGGCGGCGCCAGCUCGGAGCCGGCCCCGGCGGCGGCGGCGGCGGAGGCCAAGCAAGAGGAGGAGGAGGGUGCGGCGCAGGCGGCGCCAGAGGCUGCCCCGCAGCACGCCUCCGAGCGGCGGGAGGCUGGGCAGGCGCAGGAGGGGCGUGAGGCGGCCGCCGGCGGCGCCCAGCCCGCGCCGCGCGCGCAGCCGCCGCCCCAGCCGGUGCCCCAGCAGGCGCAGGGGCUGCAGGGCCUGAUGGAGGGCAACCCCCACCUGGCCCGCCUGCGCCAGCACAUGAUGUCGCAGGCAGGGGCACCCCAGCACCAGCCGCAGCACCAGCCGCAGCACCAGUCUGUGUUUGACUCCGCGUCCGCGCCGCCGCCUGCGCCCAGCAGCCAGCUGCACUCCGCGCUGCUGGCGGGCCUGCUGCAGCAGCAGCAGCGCAUGGCGGCGGCGGCCGCGGCCGCGGCCGCGGCGCAGCAGCAGGACGCGGCGGCGGUGGGCGCGGCGCCUGCCAACGAGCUGCUGGCGCAGCUGCUGCACCGCGCGUCCAACGGCAGCUAUGCUGGCGGGCAGUGA